GCGCCGCCCGCGGAGAUGAUCCGCGAGGCAACGAGGUCCAUCAAUGCCCAGGGGCUCUUCGACUGGGCCCAUGCGACGGAUGAGAGCUCGCUGGUCAUGGGCGCCAAGAAGGACGACCAAUACUGGGCGAGACAUCGCGCCAAUUGCAUGAGAACGGCGGCGUUGGGGGGACACGCGCCGCAGACGCGCUGCUUCGAGACGGGCCAG